CCAGAUGUCAAGGUUAAGGAGCCUCCUCGUGCUUUGUAUCCUCUGCGCCGCCUUCGUCUCUCUGGAAGCCAGGCAGGCGGGAAAGUCUCUCAGAUCCUCCGACGAUCAUGCCGUUCACGCACCACCUGCCAAGGAGCUUGCGGAAGUGACCACCACGCAGACCCCUGAGGUCAAAACCGGCUUCAGAGCGAUGUACUACGGCAUCCUGAUCACCUUCGGGAUCAUGUGGACGGUUUACUUCUUCCUCUACUACUUCGAGUAUGACUACGGAGGGAACUACGCGUUCUGGGCGAUGUCCUACAUUACUCUCGUCCUCCUCAUCGCCCUCGGCCUCGGGAAGUACUUCACAGCCUCCAUCCUCACCGGACUGCUUGCAACGUCUAUUCUUCUUCUUAUCGCUCUGGCUGGAUUUGCUGUCAUGUCAACCAUCACCUCCCCAGACAGGUUCGAGGGGGACAAGAGCAACAUGGGAAGGACGAGAUUGGAGGCCGGCCAUCAUUAAAAGUUGAAGAUUAUGUAAAUCAGCUUUCAGAGC